ACGCAUACGAGACCGUGGCCAGCGAUCAGAGAUCCAUGGAGUAUCUUGGCUUCGCCAGGGAGAUCGCUUACGAUUCCCGGAUGGCGAUUGACCAGAGGAGGCGGUACGACGAGUACCACGGUUGCGAGUACACCGAGACCGCGUUAACGGAGCCUGCCAACGAAAUCCAUGACUGCAGCAGCAGCAGCGCGAACAGCCUCGACGAUCUGUGCCGCGGACACCGGCGGAUGCUCGCCGAUUACAACCAAGCCGAGACCUCCAGUGCCCGUGAUCAUUACAUGGUGCCCACCCGAGAUCCUCGCGAGCUGAACGAGAGGAUCCUCUCGUUGUUCAAUCCUCAAUUCCUGCCGAACUUCAACGACAUGAUCAUGUACGUGGCGAGCCAGUGCGAUGCCAGGCGAACCCCGCCGCCUAGGUCGCGGUCCAUGGCUGAGGGUGAUGACAGGUUCUUCAGGAGCUCUAGCUACCGGAAGAAGCGCGUUGGUGCUGGUUCGAUGUUUUUCCGGCGCGGGUUGACGUAUGAGGCGGCGCACAAGUGACAUCGGGUGUUCUCUCUAGGACACGCAGGAAGGAUCCACGGCUGGGCUGACGAUGAGGCGAAACACGAGACACCUUGAGAAGAUUGGGAAACGUUAGGGAAGAGAUCACAGGGAGGGUCUCGGCGCGGUUGCCAGCGGCUUUCGAAGGGAAUUUUGAUUCGCAAAUUCUCCGCAUUCCUGUUAGAAUUGUCCGUUCGAAGUCGCUAAGCGAUCGCCGAGAUUUUUCCGUUCAAGAAGCAUU